AUGCCAUCAAUCAAAGAGAAAUCACCGUCAACUUUGUAUGAUAAGAUCUAUGCCGACCAUCUGAUUGAUGGCCAGACGAUCUACAUAGACAGACAUCUAGUCCAUGAAGUCACCUCACCGCAAGCCUUCGAGGGCCUCCGAAAUGCUGGUCGAUCUGUGAGACGACCAGAUUGCACUCUUGCCACUGUAGACCACAACAUUCCUACAUCGUCCCGCGCAAACUAUAAAAAUGCCAAAACCUUCAUUGAAGAGACUGACUCUCGCCUUCAAUGUCUUACCCUGGAAGAAAACGUUGAAGCUUUUGGCCUCACCUACUUCGGACUUGGUGAUAAACGUCAAGGGAUUGUGCACAUAGUUGGCCCUGAGCAAGGGUUUACUCUGCCUGGAACUACCGUCGUCUGUGGCGAUUCUCACACCUCCACACAUGGUGCCUUCGGUGCUCUCGCCUUUGGAAUCGGUACAUCCGAAGUCGAGCAUGUUCUUGCUACUCAGACCCUCAUCAGCAAGAAGAGUAAGAACAUGAAGGUACAGGUCGAUGGUCCCCUCCUACCCGGCGUCACAAGCAAGGAUGUCAUUCUUCAUAUCAUUGGGAAGAUUGGUACUGCUGGUGGCACUGGAAGCGUCAUCGAAUUUUGCGGUUCAACGUUUAGGUCAUUGAGCAUGGAAGCUAGGAUGUCAGUGUGUAACAUGUCUAUUGAAGGUGGCGCUAGGGCUGGUCUAAUUGCGCCGGAUGAUGUCACUUUCGAAUACCUGAAGGGAAAGCCCUUGGCACCAAAAUACGAUUCGGCAGAAUGGCACAGAGCCCUCAAAUAUUGGCGUACCCUAAAGUCAGAUCCUGACGCAAUUUGGGAUACAGAGGUUUAUAUUGAUUCUAAAGAUAUCAUCCCUACUGUUUCAUGGGGUACCUCUCCUCAAGAUGUAGUACCAAUCACUGGAGCGGUCCCCGACCCCAAGGACUUUACGGACCCGGUGAAGAAGGCUGGUGUGGAGCGUGCUCUUGAGUACAUGGGUCUCGAAGCAGGUACACUUAUGCAAGAUAUUGUGGUCGACAAAGUCUUCAUUGGCUCGUGCACAAACUCCCGUAUUGAGGAUAUUCGGGCUGCCGCCAAGAUAGUUAAAGGAAGGAAGAUUGCCUCUAACAUCAUGAGAGCUAUGGUAGUCCCUGGGUCUGGUCUCAUCAAAAAACAGGCAGAAAGGGAGGGUCUAGACCAGAUCUUCAUCGAUGCCGGCUUUGAGUGGAGGGAGGCAGGAUGCUCUAUGUGCUUGGGAAUGAACCCCGAUGUUUUGUCUCCCCAGGAACGUUGCGCGAGUACUAGUAACCGUAACUUCGAAGGAAGGCAGGGUGCCGGUGGACGUACCCAUCUCAUGUCGCCAGCCAUGGCUGCCGCCGCCGCCAUUUCUGGAAAGCUAGCAGACGUGAGGAAGUACGCCCCAGGCGGCGAGGAGCCCGAAAAGGAGCAGGGCUCGCCCAAGGUUGCAGUGCAAGCGGAGAACGAGGAUCCUGUCACUGAAGAAGAUCUCGACAGGAUUGACGACAUCCCCAUAGAUCAAGAGGCUACGAAUGCAUCAACACCCAGUAUGGAGACUCUCGGACUACCAAAGUUUGAGGUCCUCAAGGGCAUUGCUGCCCCAAUGCCAAUCGCAAAUGUCGAUACCGAUGCGAUUAUACCUAAGCAAUUUCUCAAAACUAUCAAGAGAACUGGUUUGGGUACAGCGUUAUUCUGGCAGCUCCGAUACAACCCCGAUGGGUCUGAAAACCCAGAUUUUGUCCUCAACAAAGAGCCUUACAGGAGAUCCAAGAUUCUUGUCGUCACGGGUCCCAAUUUUGGAUGCGGUUCCAGCAGAGAACAUGCCCCGUGGGCUUUGCUCGAUUUCGGCAUUAAGUGUAUCAUCGCUCCAUCAUUUGCUGACAUUUUUUACAAUAAUACCUUUAAGAACGGCAUGCUGCCCAUCGCCAUCGAGGAUCCUGAGGCCCUUGGACGUAUUGCGAAAGAGGCCAACGGUGGGAAGGAAAUCGAGGUUAAUUUGGUAAACCAAACUGUUCGUGGCGCCGAUGGUAAUGAGCUUGCCAUCUUUGAAAUUGAUGAGUUCCGAAAACACUGUCUGGUCAAUGGGUUGGAUGACAUUGGUUUGACGUUGCAAUUGGAUGCAAAAAUUACUGAGUUUGAAAAGAAAAGAUCCCUGGAGUGGUCGUGGUUGGAUGGAAGCGGGUAUUUGGCUAAGGGGAAGAGGAAUGGGCCUGUUAAGAUCCCUGCAGCCAAGGUGCCGAGCACUAACAGGGGUGAAGAGAAGGAAAUCACUGAUUGGUAG